GGAAACUGUCGGACUGAUGUUCGACCAUAGUCCCAGUUUAUCCAUUAAUUUUUCUGAAAAAGUGGAAUCACUGCAACUUUUCUUGGACCUGACUACAAACCCGCACCAUCUGAAGCGGUGCUGUUGCCAUGGAGAUUGCCUGUACGGAGAUGACAAGAGCAGUGGCUGGUGCUAAACGACAGCGAGAAGAACACAGAGUUAACAAACGAAAUGAAUGCACAAUGACCUGGAAUGUACCAAAGCUAGAUGUCUGUAAAGAGGAGGAGGGUGUUUCGGGAGAAUCCACUGGUGAUGUGUGUGUCCUGUGUGGGGGGCACUUCGCUUUUCCAACUCACCAGACUGAGCAUGUGGAUGAGGUCUGCUGCCACUUGUGCCAGGUGAAAUUCUCCCAGAAGAACUUGCUGGCCUUGCACUUGAAAAACGCACACCCUAAGUCCUGUAUGCUCUGUACAAUGUGUACUGUACACAUGGGACAAAACCUAACAAAGGACCAGAAUGUGGAGAGUAACGUGACCCAGAAUAAGAAUAAAUUUCUUCUGGAUGAAGAAAUGGACGAGGUUGUUGGAAGGAUGAAUGAAACAGAAGAAAACAGCAUUACCAACAGUACAGAAGAUUAUAAGACAAUCAGUUUACAUGAUCAUUCAUAUGCCUCCAGUCCAACAUGCAGGUCUAUCAGGGAAACUCAAAAUAAUGUUGUUAUGUACACGAGCAGUGAAAAUGUGCUUGUUUUUGUUAAUGAAACAGACAAGACAUCCCCUAAAGGCUCAUAUACUAAAAGUGACCAGCAGAGGACGUCAGUGGAUGAUCGGACAGUGUGCAGUGGCAUACAUGACCAUAAUUACUUUUCCAUUCAAAACCUUGCAAAUCACAUGCUUCCCCAUAAGACAUUACCUUCUCCAAACAAUGUGAUAAACUCUAUCAAUAAAGACAUAGACGUGUGUAAUAGUAAAGCAGAGACCACAUUGUCCCCUAAGGACCCAUCAUGUACUCUAAGUGAUCUGGAUCAGAUAGGGGAGGAUGAGCUGGUGUGCAUGGGCUUGCUCGACCAUACAUACUUCUUUAGACCAAGGCUUUCAAAUCACACUGUUCUCUCUAAGCAAGUACCUUCACAUAACACAUUCAGGUUAAGCACACACAAAAAAGAAAUGUGGAAAAACCAAGACAACAGCAAUAGAGUGACUGUGACUGAUCAAGAAUCUUCUCAGUGGACUAGUGGAGCUAUGUUGGAAUCAUUACAGUUGAAGUGUAAUAAAAAACAGAUUCAAGAAGAUGUAGUAGGAGAAUAUGAGGUCAUUAUUCAAGGAAGUGACCAUGAAGACAGUGACACUUUAUCCGCAGAUGAUUUGGCAUACAUCUCUGACGAUGAUCUGGACUCUGAUACAGAUUCUUGCACUUCUUACACUUCUUGCACGAACAGUUAUGCUGGCACUUUGGGCAAAGGUUGUACAAGUGAAAGUUGGAGUGCUUGUCAGAAACUAAACUGUGAAAACACAAAUCCGAAAUCGCCUUCCCCUGUGGAUUAUAAGAAUCCAAACCCUGCACCCAAUUUAAAUAAAGACCUACGAAUCUGGUCUAGCUGUGGCCUCCACAAAGUCCACACAAAAGGGUUUACCGAGCGGAGCACAAGCACACAGCCUUUUAUUUGUUCUCUGUGUGAAAUUUUGUUUAGUACUAAAGAAAUGCUACUAAACCAUCAAGAGAAGAAGCACAUUUUGCCCACAUAUAUGUGUGUAAGUUGCCUGGAACAAUCUCCCACCCAGGAAACGUUCAUGCAACAUGUUUGUAGCAAGUCAAAGGAAUCAUUAACCCCAUCCAUCAGCUCAAACAAUGCAAAAGAUUUGGCGGGUAUGAUUCUGGACGUUGUACCCUCAUCUGCUGCUGCUGCAGAGUCUUCUAAGCAAGCCCUCAGCACUCCAAAUGUCAGCAUUAUUGAUACAGCUCAGAAUAAGAAUCCUUGUACUGUGUUGAAUUCCACAUCGCAUUCAUCGCCCACCAGUCAAAGCACCUCUACCACCCAGAAGCUCCCAGUACAGGUCACGGCCACUGGGUCAUCAAGUUGUGCCCAGAAAGUGGUGACAGGUUUAGUCAAUGGAAACCAAGGACAAGAUAAGUUGCCUAUUUUUACAGUUAAUCAGAAACAAAUUGGACAGGUGCAAGUUUUAAGACCAUUGCCCUCCAAAGUGGUGACUCAAACUCGGUCUCCUUCUUCCCCCAUUCUCCUUACAUCCCAAUGUCAAGGACAAAAGGCACAUCAAAUUGGACAGGUGCAGGUUUUAAGUCAGUUGCAGGCCAAAGUUGCGACCCAACCUCCUUCUCCUUCUUCUACUACCCAGAUCCUUUCAUCCCAGGGUCGAGGUGGACAGGUACAGGAUUUAAGUCCAUUGCCGGUCAAAGUGGUGACUUUCUCCUCUUCUUUUUCCACUACUACUGGAGCUACUCCGAUCGUCCUUUCAUCCCAGGGCCAAGGACAAGUUCCACCCAUUUCUAAAUUUAUUCAGGAACAAAUCAAACAGGUACAGGUUUUAAGUAAGUUGCAGGCCAAAGUGGCGUCCCAACCUCCUUCUUUUACUACCCAGAUCCUUUCAUCCCAGGGUCGAGUCAAAAUUCCACCUGUUUCUACAGUUACUCAGAAACAAUUUGGACAGGUGCAGGAUUCAAGUCCAUUGCAGGUCAGAGUGGUGACAAAAACUACUGCUUCUUCCACUAUUACUCCUACUACUACUGGAGCUACUCCGAUCGUCCUUUCACCUCAGGGCCAAGGACAAGUUCCACCCAUUUCUAAAUUUCUUCAAGAACAAACCGGACAUGUGCAGGGUUUAAGUUCGUUGCAUCCAAAAGUGCUUAGUCAACCUUCUUCUUUUGUUUCUAGUACCCAGAUCCCUCGUUCAUCCCAGGGUCACAGAAAAAUGCCACAUAAAAUUAGAGAGGUACAGGUUUUAGGUCAGUUGCAGGCCAAAGUGGAGAUCCAACCUCCUUCUCCUUCUCCUUCUUCAACUACCCAGAUCCUUUCAUCCCAGGGUCGAGUCAAAAUGCCACCCGUUUCUAUAGUUACUCAGAAACAAUUUGGACAGGUGCAGGAUUCAAGUCCAUUGCAGGUCAAAGUGGUGACAAAAACUACUGCUUCUUCCACUACUACUCCUACUACUACUGGAGCUACUCCGAUCGUCCUUUCACCUCAGGGCCAAGGACAAGUUCCACCCAUUUCUAAAGUUCUUCAAGAACAAACCGGACAUGUGCAGGUUUUAAGUUCGUUGCAUCCAAAAGUGCUAAGUCAACCUUCUUCUUUUGUUUCUAGUACCCAGAUCCUUCGUUCAUCCCAGGGUCACAGAAAAAUGCCACAUAAAAUUAGAGAGGUACAGGUUUUAGGUCAGUUGCAGGCCAAAGUGGAGAUCCAACCUCCUUCUCCUUCUCCUUCUUCAACUACCCAGAUCCUUUCAUCCCAGGGUCGAGUCAAAAUGCCACCCGUUUCUACAGUUACUCAGAAACAAUUUGGACAGGUGCAGGAUUCAAGUCCAUUGCAGGUCAAAGUGGUGACAAAAACUACUGCUUCUUCCACUACUACUCCUACUACUACUGGAGCUACUCCGAUCGUCCUUUCACCUCAGGGCCAAGGACAAGUUCCACCCAUUUCUAAAGUUCUUCAAGAACAAACCGGACAUGUGCAGGUUUUAAGUUCGUUGCAUCCAAAAGUGCUGAGUCAACCUUCUUCUUUUGUUUCUAGUACCCAGAUCCCUCGUUCAUCCCAGGGUCACAGAAAAAUGCCACAUAAAAUUAGAGAGGUACAGGUUUUAGGUCAGUUGCAGGCCAAAGUGGAGAUCCAACCUCCUUCUCCUUCUUCAACUACCCAGAUCCUUUCAUCCCAGGGUCGAGUCGAAAUGCCACCCAUUUCUACAGUUACUCAGAAACAAUUUGGACAGGUGCGGGAUUUAAAAACUACUUCUUCUUCUUCAUCAUCUUCUUCCACUACUACUCCUACUACUACUGCUACUACUCAGAUCCUAUGUUCAUCCCAGGGCCAUGGAAAAGUUCCACCCAUUUCUAAAUUUACUCAUGAACAAAACAGACCUUUGCAGGUUUUACAUUCGUUGCAGCCCAAAGUGGUGACUCAGACUCCUCCUUUAGUUCAUAAUACCCAGAUCCUCCAUUCAUCCCAGGACCAUAGACAGAUGACUCCAAUUUCUACAGUUACUCAUAUUGAAAGUGCACAGGUGCAGGAUUUAACUCCACUGCACACUUCGACAAGUAGUGCUAAGUUGCCCGCGAGUAAGGUCUUGCCUCAGCAGCGUCCAUCAUUUGGAAUACACUUACCUCAUCCUUUUCAAUCUUCAGUCUCUAACUCUGUGUCUGUCCCAUCAAAAACAAGCCAACUAUCUAAAUCCAACGUGCCCUUGCUGGAUAUUUGUAAGUCUUCUCUAUCUACCCCAAUCAUUACUUCAUCCCAGGAGCCUUUAAAAAUAGUGGCUAUGUUUAUGAACCAGAGCAGAGAGUUGGCCCUGCAGAAGCGCUUGUGCCAGAGUUGGCGAUCCAAGGCUGUAUUCCCAUGCCGCCAGUGUGGCGCUGUGUCACGCCAGUUCUCAUUGGGUGUGCGCCACCGCUACCAGCACCGUGGGCCACGCCUCCACAGAUGCCAGUGUGGCCGAGCCUUUGAGCAGCUCAUGCACCUGCUGCGUCAUCAGGUUCAACAUGCCGAGGCUACGCGCUAUGUCUGUGCUACCUGUGGCCAGAUGUUCUGUGGUACACAGCAGCUGGCCUGUCAUAGGCCCCUAUUUAGGAUCACCGCCUCUAAAAGGGAAAAACAAACAAAUAAGAAGUGCAGAAACACUUUUCAGUGCUACUGUGGACGUUCUUUUAUGAGACCUGCCGCCUUAUUGUGGCACAUGUUAAAAAACCCAAAAGACCGCAAACCACACUUAAAGAGUUUCAGGAUUUCUUGAGUUUGUUGAAAUUAAAGUUUUAAAGUGAAAUGUCACAUUUGCAAAAGGAAAAGUCACUAAACUACUAGAUAAGUUUUUUUUUUUUUUUUUUAACUGUAAAACUCCCCAUGAACUCCCCAUGAUGUUGCAGUAAAUAAUGAUAUGAGUUAUGGUGGCAAGUCUUUCUCAAUGUCCACAAAUUCCUAGAAAGCAUUUUAUAUGAAACUGAUUGCUUCUAAAUGUGGUAUUUGCUGUUGGGAUUCAGUUUCUGGGCUGGAUAU